UCAGAUAAGAGAAUAAAAUAGGUGAAUUGUCUAACUGAGCUCCAGCACAGAUUAUGGAUUCCUGGAAGAGUCACGUGCGGGCAGAGUUGUUUCACAGAGACUGCAGGCAGAAAGAUCCCUUCUCUGGCCUUUUUGACAAUGUGUCCAGGCUGGAGGAGAUGCUGGCUUUUCACAUGAGACUCUGGAAAGACAUGGACACAUGCAGAUCCCCAGAUGAAGGCGGCUCCCUUUAUUUGAGAGUGAAUGAGCUGGAAUUUCUUAAUCAACAGCUCAAGCAGAAAAUCUCAGAUCUGACCAGUAAUAUAUACCUGAAGGAGGCAGAGUUACAAUACUGUCACUCACAAGUUGCCCGCUACAGGACCGAAGCAGUUGUAUUGGCCCAGGGGGCUUCCUGUUUGAAGGCUAAUCUAGAGGAACACGAGUAUCAGCUUGAGUGUCAAUCAAAGGAACUAACAGCACUGAAACUGGAGCACAGCUCACUGAGAGAGAAGCUGACUGCCGCAAACCUCCACAAAGAGCAGCUCCUCGAACGCUGGUUAGAAGAGAAGAAAGAGGAGGCUGAGAGGAUUAAUAAAUACAAUGCAACACAAGAAAGGUGGCAACGUUUGGCAGGUCGACUGAAGAAGCGGUAUCGGGUCAGAUCUCGCUCAGAAAUCAAACCAGAGUCUAAAACUCAGCGUCCUCCUUCUUAGAAAUGUAAAUUUUGUUUUGUGGCUUUUUUCUAUGCUUUUGG